GAGCUUUUUCCCUGAGCUUUUUGUGCCUGGCUUCCAUCACCUACCUUGAACCAAAAAAAAACAUCUCGACUCUAUCCCUCCCCUCCCCUCCCCCCAAUUACGCCUUGUCGGCCAAUCGCAUCACCUCAUGUUGCGAACGUCGAUUCGAUCCGUGAGGGUGCUCGGCCACAGGCCUGCGGCGGCCGUUGUUGGCCGCCAAUGGCAGCCCGCCGCCGCCGCCGCCGUCCGCCGGAGACACUUUGCCGACGACAAGAAGCCUGUUGACCCGUCCAGACCAGCUGCCCUACCGACCACCGAGACCGUCACCGCCGAGAAGAGCGCCGUCCCCGAGCUGGGAGCCGCCGAGCCGACGAUCCCCAGGACGGAAGUUCCCCUCACUCCCCCGACUCCGGACACCGCUGCCGUUGCCGCUGCCGCUGCCGCUGCCGCACCUCCGCCGCAGUCGCCCGCAGCCGCCGCCCCCAAGAAGAAGGGCUUCUUCCGCCGAUUGAGAAACCUGGUGUUGACCCUUGCCAUCCUCAGCGCCAUCGGCUUCGGCGGCGGCGUCUGGUACUCACGCAUCAAUGACAGCUUCCACGACUUCUUCACCGAGUAUGUUCCCUUUGGCGAGCAGGCCGUCCUCUACUUCGAGGAGGCCGACUUCCGCAAGCGCUUCCCCAGCAUCACCAACAAGCUCAGGGGAAGAGAUACGGGCAGCCAAGUCACGGUCCCCGCCCAGAGCGGCGCCUCUUGGAGGGUUGCCGACAACGGCGAGCCCGCCGGUCGCCAAUCGAGCGCCGUCGGCAAGGCCGCCGCCAAGGUCGCAGCCGUCAAGGAGGAGCAGCGCAAGCCGGCCCAGAAGCCCAAGGUGGUGCCAGAGCCCCCCAAGCCCGCUCCCGAGCCCAUCAAGGAGACCAAGCCCGCCGCUGCCGCGCCCGAGCGAGGCACGACUGAUUUCAAGCCCCCCGAGGUCAACGAGCCUUCGCGCUUUCCCCCCAUCGCCCCGAUCGACCCUCUGAAGAUCGAGGACGCGACCGAGCCCGUCGUCCAGGACCUCGUGCACAUGCUCAACGAUAUCAUCACCGUCAUCAACGCCGACAAGGCCCACGGCCGCUACUACCCCACCAUCGACAAGGCCAAGGGCGAGCUCGGCAAGGUCGGAAGCAAGAUCAAGGCCAUCAAGUCCUCGGUCGAGCAGGGGGCCGCCGCCGAGGUGCAGUCCAAGGUUGCCGACUUCGACAAGGCCGCCAACGACCUCAUUGCCCGGGUCGAGUCGGCCAUGAUUGCCCAGGAGGCGCAGUGGCGCAGGGAGUUCGAGGACGAGAUGAACAAGGUCAAGGCGAGCUACGACGAGCGCGUCAAGCUCGUGCUGCAGCGCGAGAAGCAGCUCAACGAGGAGCGCCUCAACAACCAGCUCCUGGAGCAGGCGCUGGCGCUGAAGAAGGAGUUCGUCUCCGAGGUGCAGAAGCACGUCGAAUCCGAGCGCGAGGGCCGCCUCGGCAAGCUGGACGAGCUGUCGGCCGCCGUGGCCGACCUCGAGAAGCUCACGACGGGCUGGAACGAGGUGGUGGACACCAACAUGCGCACCCAGCAGCUCCACGUCGCCGUCGACGCCGUCCGCGCCAGCCUCGAGAACGCCGCGCACGCCAAGCCCUUCACGCGCGAGCUCGUCGCCCUCAAGGAGAUUGCUGGCGAGGACCCCGUCGUCAACGCCGCCAUCGCGUCCAUCAACCCGGCCGCCUACCAGCGCGGCCUCUCCAACGCGGCGCAGCUCGUUGACAGAUUCCGCAUAGUCGCCGGCGAGGUCCGCAAGGCGUCGCUCCUCCCCGAGGAGGCCGGCGUCGCCAGCCACGCUUCCAGCUACCUCCUCAGCAAGGUCAUGUUCAAGAAGCAGGGCCUGGCCGACGGCGACGACGUCGAGAGCAUCUUGACGCGCACCCAGACUCUCUUGGAGGAGGGCAACCUGGACGCCGCCGCGCGUGAGAUGAACGGUCUCCAGGGCUGGGCGAAGACGCUGAGCAGAGACUGGCUCGGCGAGGUGAGGAAGGUUCUCGAGGUUCAGCAAGCCCUUGAUGUCAUUGCGACAGAAGCGCGCCUACAGACUCUCAAGCUGGAAUAAUGGACGGAAACUAUUUUCUUUUGUCUAUUUGGUGGUGGGGGAAGAGGACCCCGGAGAUGCCUAGAGAGGAGAUGCUAGACCUUCUGGUCUGUGUAAGACAUAGCCAUAGACUUGAACGAAGGCAGUGUAUUUUUUAUUCAGCCGUUGAUAAGUAAACGUAUGUGAUGGUCACGCCGACGCUUGAAACCGAAGCUGUUGACGAGGAACCACGAUGUGACGGACCGUGCUGCUACUGGAUGAAAGAAACGAAACGAAACGAGUCGUGUAGUGCCAUAUUCCAUGAAAUCGAACCUAGACCCAACCAACACAGACCCCCCGUGUACGCGAACUCGUUGUGCUCUGAGAGAGAGAGAGAGAGAGAAAUUGAGAGAGGGCCGUGAACAAAUCUGC